AUGUCCUUGGCUCACCGCAUCGCCAAUUUCUUCUCCGAACCAACUCCCGCCACUCCCGAUCCGGUUGCUCGCUCAUUACACGACGAUGGACGUUCGGAGGAGUUGCGCCCUCUGCCUGAUUUCAACACCGGAACGCAUUCUUUCAAGGAGGUCGACAUGACGCCCAACGAUGAGCUGGAGGCGCGCCCUCCCAUAUUACAUUCCAUGCUCGCUGGAGGCCUCGGAGGUACAACCGGAGAUAUGCUGAUGCAUUCACUCGAUACCGUGAAGACUCGACAGCAAGGCGACCCACAUUUCCCACCGAGAUAUUCGUCAUUGGGCUCUUCAUAUUACACGAUAUGGCGGCAAGAAGGUAUACGGCGCGGUCUUUACGGCGGGUGGCUGCCGGCCAUGAUGGGUUCAUUCCCCGGGACCGUCUUCUUCUUUGGCACAUAUGAAUGGAGUAAAAGGCUUAUGCUCGACUACGGAGUCCAACAACAUGUGGCGUAUCUUUCAGCCGGCUUUCUGGGUGACCUGGCGGCAUCCGUAGUCUAUGUGCCAUCGGAAGUUCUCAAGACGAGGUUGCAACUUCAGGGACGAUACAACAAUCCCUACUUCCACUCUGGAUACAACUAUCGUGGCACAUUCGAUGCCGCAAAGACAAUCGCUCGUGUGGAAGGACCCAUGGCAUUGUUCCAUGGCUACAAAGCGACCCUCUAUCGAGACCUGCCGUUUUCAGCACUGCAGUUCAUGUUCUACGAGCAGUUUCAAACUUGGGCAAAGCAAUACAAGCAGAGCCGUGACAUUGGUACGGAACUCGAGCUGUUGACUGGCGCUGCUGGUGGAGGGUUGGCGGGAGCCAUUACUUGCCCCCUGGAUGUCGUCAAAACCAGACUACAAACACAAAUAGAGACGCCCCAACCUGUAAAAACAAAAGAGCGCACCAGCGUGGAUGCAAAGGCUGGCGUCAAGGAGACAUCGGCGAAGAAGCCUGGCGCAAGGAGGCCUAUAUCCACUUCAUCGCCAUCGACACAUACUCCCCGGCCGGGUGCAAUCGUAUUAGACACCUCUUCAGUUUAUCAGGGUCUGAAGUUGAUUUACAAGACUGAAGGACUUGGCGGUUGGUUCCGAGGUGUCGGUCCACGUUUUGUGUGGACUAGUGUACAAAGCGGGUGCAUGCUAUUCCUGUACCAAACCAUCUUGCGGAGAUUAGAGAUUUGGAUGCCGCUGGCAGACUCUGAAACUUCGAUAUAA